CUCUCGUGCUCAGCAUCAAUCCGAACUUACAAUUAGACGUGUUAAGAUUUUAUCACGGAUAUCACCUACUAAAAGGCUUAAGAUUAAGAUCGAAACGUAGAACAUAUAUAGGACCAAGGGGACCAAGACAGAACAAUGUCUAGCAGUGACGAAUCUGACGUUCAGGAAGAAGGACAGGAGACCCAAAAUGUAGAAGUUGAAGACGAAGGGCCAACAACUUUUAAAGAAUUGGGAGUUAUACCAUUGCUAUGCGAAGCUUGUGACCAGCUGAAAUGGAAGACUCCCACAGCAAUACAGAAACAAGCUAUCCCUCUAGCUUUGCAAGGGAAAGAUGUCAUUGGUCUGGCAGAAACCGGUUCUGGUAAAACUUGUGCAUUUGCACUUCCGAUAUUGCAAGAGCUGCUGAAGAAUCCUCAGAGAUUGUUUGCUCUCAUCCUUACACCAACUAGAGAGCUUGCGGCCCAGAUUGGUGAACAAUUUAAGGCUCUUGGAAACAGUAUGAAAGUAGAAUGCGCAUUGAUCGUAGGAGGAAUGGACAUGGUCACGCAGGCUAUAACUCUGGCCAAGAAGCCGCACGUAAUCAUUGCCACUCCUGGCCGCCUUGUGGACCACUUGGAGAAUACCAAAGGCUUCAAUCUCAGAAACCUCAAAUUUCUUGUAAUGGAUGAGGCAGACAGAAUUUUGAAUAUGGAUUUUGAGCCAGAAGUGGAGAAAAUUAUCAAAAACAUCCCAAGAGAUAGACGAACGCUUCUUUUCUCAGCCACAAUGACCAAAAAAGUAGAGAAACUUCAAAAGGCCAAUCUUUGCAAUCCAGUUUUAGUUCAGGCCUCCCACAAGUACAAGACUGUGGACAAUUUGAUGCAGUACUACCUUUUCAUCCCAGCUAAGUUUAAGGACUGCUACUUGGUGUCGGUGCUGAAUGAACUUGUUGGCAACAGCGUAAUGGUCUUCUGCUCAACUUGCCAAGGCGCGCUCCGCUUGGUUCUGAUGUUGCGAGUGUUAGGCCUCAAGGGAGUGCCCCUUCAUGGUCAGAUGUCCCAAAACAAGCGCUUCGGAGCUCUCAACAAAUUCAAGUCGAAAACCAGUCAGAUCCUUGUAUCGACUGACGUAGCUUCACGAGGUUUGGACAUCCCCCAUGUUGACGUCGUUAUCAACUAUGACAUUCCCACCCACAGCAAAGACUAUAUUCACCGCGUGGGCAGAACAGCUAGAGCUGGUCGAUCUGGAAAAGCCAUCACAUUCGUUACUCAGUAUGAUGUUGAAUUGUAUCAAAGAAUAGAACAUUUGAUUGGGAAAAAGUUGCCUCUUUUCCCAACUGAAGAGCAAGAAGUCAUGAUUUUAAAUGAGCGAGUUGGUGAGGCCCGUCGACAGGCACUCAAGGAGCAAAAAGAGAUCGAGGACAAGAAGGGCGGUCGCAAGAGAAAGCAUGCCAUCGAUGAUGCUGAUGACACUGAGGAAGCUCUUGGCGUUAAAAAACAACUUGGCAAGAAGGGUUUCAAAGGGGGAAAGAAAAGGAGACAUUGAAUGUUAUAUUAAGUGUAAAUAUAUUUACUUUUCUAGGCCUUAAA